GAUCUUGACCAACAGGAUUGGAUUCAUAGGAAUAGGAUCCCUUUUGACUGAAUCUAUGGUCUCACCUCCAACUUAAAGGUGUCAUUCACAUCUCCAGUUUGACCAAAGAGUGAAACCUGAGUCCAGCAUCAACUUCUUCUUCUUCUUCUUAUAUUGAUUAUUCUCCCGCAUCCUUGGACGUGAAGCCGGGCAGAAAUCCCCUCCUACUGUUUUCCACAGAGAGUGAGAUCCUUGCCGGAGAUGCGGACCUUCCUCCUGGGCUUGUAUUGCAUCAGCCUGCUCUCCCUCCAGCAGCUGUCGGCUUCGCCGGCCGGGGAGCGUCCUGACGGGAACAGACUGGUUGAUCGUGAAGAACCCAUCAUCCAGGAAAAGGAGAUCUCCGCCCCCUCAGAAAGCCCCACAAACAGCAUCCUACAACAUCCAGUUACAGACAAACUCCGCAAAUGGCUGUCCAGCUUACUCCAGCACCCUACGGCGUCAGGCGUGAGGACGGCAUCUCCAGGCCUGACAUGGGGACGGCUCACUGAGGCUUUUCAGAUCAAGAGAAGGGCUAAGCGCUCCCGUGGCCACACGCACUCAAGAGGGAGCAAAAGCCACCCCCAGCAUGCCCAGUUGAAGAGAGUGGGUUGUGUCCUGGGAACCUGCCAAGUCCAGAACCUCAGCCACCGUCUGUAUCAGCUCAUGGGUCGGAAUGGCAGGGAAGAAUCCUCCCCCGUAAACCCAAGGAGCCCUCAUAGUUAUGGAUGAGCUCGGCUCCACCUAUUGCAAGUUGAUCAGUAUCUCUAUUUAUUUGACUGAAGGUAUUAGUUGUAGUUUCUGCAUUUGAAGUUGAUCUAGUCCACAGCCAGCUUGACUUAUGGUAGAAAUCUCUUACCUUUACUAUUUGUAUUCGAUGGAUGGAUUUUAAAAUUUUAUUUUAAGAUCACAAUGGACCAAAUCAACUCCAAGGUUCGACAAUCUCCCUCCUGAGAAAACUUGGACUAUAAGACAUCUUGGUUUUCCUUCUCUGUUGGAACAUUUCUACCUUUUUAAAGAGGAACUGAUCCAGUAGUAUAGUUGUCUACUGACCUCCAGAGCCUUGGAUAUAUGGCUGUUCUCUGAUCAAACCCUUCAGCCCCUAAUGUGGAUUAAAGCAGCACCAUGAGCUGGAGACCUGUCAAAACCAAUGUAUUUCUGAAGGCCUUUUUAGCAGCUAAAUGAACCCUUUUACCUUUUCAUCGGCUUUAAAGUUCAUAUCCAGUUUAAAUAUGAACUCGUUGAUCAUCAUAAUAGUUAGCAUUUAAACUUGGAAUUCACCUCCCAGAAGGACUUUGAGUUCUACUUCUGUCUUAUACCACCCGAAAUAGGGGCUAGAAUGGAAUCGACGAUUAAAAAAAGGAAAAGGAAAGUGUUAGCAUGCAGGGAUUAGUUACUGAGUCCAGAAAAGAUCUGUUUCCAUUUGGGAUUCAGCUAAAACAGGAAACAAGUAAAAUGAGUGAGGUUAGCAGUUCUUAGCUUUCAUGCUCUCCCUCAAAUGCUUAUAAAUAAUAAUAAGAAAACACUUUAGACAUAAAAAAUAUUUGCAUAGCAACAACCUCUUUUAUCUGCUAGCUUUGUGGCCUAGAACAUGCAGGGCUUCUAGUUUUAAAGAGAUUAAAAGCUGAACUCCUUUGGCCUUUUUAUGUCGAUUCCAACGCAAAUAGGCACAAGAAGGCAAACUAGCUACGAACUCCAAUAAAACACGCAUACAUUAUGAUUUUCUUCUCAACUAUGUAAUGCGGUGUUACAAUGUGGAUCUAAAAUGAAAACCACACUGACCAAAAUGCUAGCUGUGGCCGUGCCCAGUCUGAACACAUGUAGACUAGCAGCAACCAAAAAUGCGUGUCCCAACAUCGUCUUCUAUUUAUGUCGGUCUCUAAAAUUGGGAAGGUGGAUGAUAGACUCUGACUUUCCUUUGAACAAAGUCUCAUUUGUUGGCCAUGUUAUAAUUAGCCAGGAAUUACAAUUCCCAUCUGUCCAGGCUUUUAUUAUCCUUACCCACUUAUACAAGCUAUAUCACGGAAUAUCUAUUUUUGAGCUUUUUAAGAUGUUUUAAUGCCGUUCUUUUAUCAAUUCUGACAGUACUUUGACAAAAAUUCGCCAACUUUCUCUGAUUCGUGAUACGAGGCAAAGUGCAAUCAUUUCUGCUCAACAUUGAGUCAAAGUGGCUCUUUUAGAACCUAAUAUACACAGCAACAGCUUGUGCUUUUUUAAGUUAAUAUUUUAGUGACAAAAUGUGUUUUCUGAAGCUAAUGGUCUCGGAUUUUGUUCAGCUUUCCUAAUUGCUGACAGUGGAGUGAUAUAAGGCUGCAGGGGUAACUUCAGAAACACUAUUAUUUCAUGGCGAGUGAAUUCUCCCAGUGCUAAAGGUAGUAUUUCAUCAUACAUAUGCCAAAGUUGACCUCAGAAGAGUUAGAAAAACGCGUUCCAGAAACUAAUCCCUUAUAGGCCCGGCAAAUGGGGACUCUCUCAGCUAUUGUUCUAGCAGACAACAGUCCACCGCAAGGCCAGUGGUUUGAUCAAAGACCACAGUACUGGCCAGAAUGUUUCCACACCUACCAGGUGAACCUAAAUUCAUUAGUGUAAAGCAACACUGCAUAUUUAGAAUUUAAUCUAGAGGGAUGACUGUGACCGUGUCUUUAAGGAACUCCAUGACUUCUCAGUCUUCUGGUCUGAUGAGUUCGGCCAUCAGAAACAAAAAACAAACAAAACAAACACUGUUUGAGACAGUGCAGUGACAUUCAUGGGGUGUUAGAUCUGGAAGUUAAAGGUCUCGCACCCCUAGUGGGUCAAAGGUAAUCAGUGCUGCUUUAAUAAGCUGGGACCAGAAUAAGCCAGAUAUCCCUCUAUAGGCUCAGAACAUGGCUGGCACGUCUGAAUAAGAAGGUCAAACUUCAACAAUCACUAGACACCAGAAAAGGCCUGAUUGAUGGUUUUGUAGCAUUAGCAUUUUAUGUAUGCAUUUUAUUAAAUCUCCAUUGAAGACCUCACAGGCGCUGUUUGAGAAGAAAAGCAAGAAAAGAGUUGAAAAGCAAGUCACUUCAUUUUAUCUUUAGUAUUGUUGUGUGAUAUGUUGUUUACAUUAUUCCAACUUAAAGGUUUAAAAUUCCUAAGAUUGCAUUAGUUAAAACUCACCAAAUAUCUGGAAAUACUUGACUGAGUGGCCUUACAGUAUACAACCCACAUGAUAUGAAACCCUAGAUGUUCAUCCUUUUUUUUUUGUUUUUUCUUUGUUUUGUCAUCCUGGCUGUAAUUCCUUCAGACAGGAGAUCAAAUCUAAAUAACCAGCCGACUCAUAGUCUUAACUCCAUUCAUUUCAAAGGCUUGCUGAAUAGAUCUUGCCUUCCCCUCUGCUGUAAUGGAGCUAAUCAAUGACGGAUCAUUAAAUGGAAUACCAAGUAAAAAAACAAAAUCUAUCUGCUUUUAAAUGUUUCCUUUCAGCCACCCACUGUGUUUGGAUGUGUUUGAACUGCUAGCCUUAUCACAGUUUUGCCAUGGGUGGCCACCCUGUGCAAUGCCCUGGCCACCCCACUGGCCAGCAUCAGUUCAGCAUUUUAUCCCAUGAUGCACAUGAAAAAUCACACAAUAAAUAAGUAGGUGUGUACUGAAGCCUUUAUCAUUUCUACAGGCAGGGUUACCACAAUAGUAGAUCAAACCCUGAAAUUACGGCUUUUAGUUUCAGUGGCCACCCCAGGAUUUUUAGUGGCCCCAUCUGGCCCCCCCCCUAUGUAACAUUUCUGGAGGCAUCACUGUCAGUGCCUCCUGGUAAGAAAACACCCAAAGGAUUUCAAUGCUGACACAGUCCACUGAUGCCUUUCACUUUGUCAGCCGGCUUGUUCUCCGCAGGUCAGGUGUUCUUCUUAGGGUCACAGGAAAGCACUUUAAUGCCAGCAUACUGACAGUGUUUUAUGACUUGAAUUUCAAUGUUGAAGAGCUUGUUGACGGCGGGAUGAGGAGCUUCCUGUGAAAGCUACCUUGUGAUUGUUCAUGAAUGUCUCUGAAGGUGUACAUGCUCUCCACAUGGCGUGAGUACACCCGUGAAUAUGUGUUAUUCAGUUGUAUUUAAUGAAAGUUAUAUAUUUAAGAAUUUAAGUUAUCUUUGUGUAAUAAUGUCUUAGAACUAUUUAUCUUGUUUUUUUUUUCCAUUGUUCUUUAUCAGAGUAGGAAAUAAUCGACUGUAGUUCAAAUGUUACUGUUUUUUCA